ACUGCUGAGGUCCAUUGUUUAAAAAUCUGUUUACAUGCCUAAAACUUUUGCAGUACUGCACAUGAAAAACUACUUAAGUACAGUAACGAAUUACACACGCACUGUUAUAUGAUUGGCCGAUGCAAGUAAUGACUGACAGUGUCUCCACCUAUUCACUACCCACGCUGGUUCUCCGAGCUGCAGGUACAUGUACUCGGGGCCUCAGCCUGAGAGUGUCGUCACUGCUGUCAGACGCACUGUGCUGGAUGGAGUCGAGUGGAAAUCUGGCUUUUCUGCCCUGAAGGUCACCCAGUGUGUGUGUUUGUACUGAUCUGGGUGAUAAAACGUGGUGAUGGGGGCGGCUCCGGUGGUCUGUGUGGUCUUUCUGUGUGGAGUGCUCAUCCCGGCUCUCGGAGAUAAACACUCUCUGUACUACAUCUACACCGCGCUCUCCAAAGAUGUCGCUCUACCAGGGAUCUAUGAGUUCACAGCACUAGGUCUGCUCAAUGACCGGGCCAUCGACUACUACAACAGUCAGGAACAGGUCAAGGUUCCUAAGCAGGACUGGCUGAAGGAGAAGAUGCAGCCAGAUUACUGGGACAAAGGCACCCAGUCUCGCAGGAGCAAAGAGCAGUGGUUCAAGGUCAACGUGGAAAUCCUGAUGCAGCGAAUGAGACACAAUCACACAAACCUUCAUGUUCUUCAGUGGAGACAUGGCUGUGAGAUUGAUGAGUCAAAUGGAGAUGUAACAUUUCUGAAAGGCAUCAGUGAGUACAGCUACGACGGCGAGGAGUUCCUCUCUUUUGAUAUUGUAAACAUGCGGUGGAUCGCUCCAGUUCCAGAAGCUUUGCCAACCAAAAGGAAAUGGGAUGAUGUGCCCAUCCUGAACCAGUACACCAAGGGUUACCUGGAGAAAGAAUGUGUGGACUGGCUCACCAAAUUCUUGGAGUACGGAGAAGAGUCACUGAAAAAACACUUCAAACCAUAUGUUUAUAAAUUUGCAAAGAAAUCUACGACUAACUCAAGCAAGCUGAUCCUGACCUGCCUGGCCACGAGCUUCUACCCCAAAGACGUGGUGAUGAGUCUGAGGAAGUCCAACAAUUCACUGCCUGAACAUCUACUAAGAUCUUCAGGAGUCAGACCCAAUGGUGAUGGAACCUACCAGCUGAGAAAGAGUGUGGAGAUCCAGGAGGACGAUACAGCAGAUUAUGACUGUUAUGUGACUCACAGAGCCCUCAGCGAGCCAGUAAUUACAAAAUGGGACAGAAAGUGCCGUAACUGCUGGAGUAUAAGUUCAGGACUAGUUGGAGGAGGAAUUGGGGGAGUGGUGGUGAUUCUGCUGACUUUGCUAUGUGGGAUCAUCUUUGUCCUUAUAAAAAAGGGCAUAAUUGGAAUUCCAGGAAGUAAAUCACACUGGAACUGAACUCCAGAUCAUCCAGGAUUAUACACCAGACUUUUUUCUAUUCAUUGAUCAAGUCAGUACUUAUACAUCACUGUUACGUUAAAGCUGCACUACGUAAGAUUUGGGGAUUUGGAAACCUCGCUGGUGGAAAUGUGUAACUGCACACAACGUGCAAUUUUGUAACAUGGGUUUGCACGGGACUGCCUUUUUCAGUCCCGCUCCAGCAAGAUCUCAUCGCUCCCGUAGAAAAUCGGAAUCAUUUGUCCCUCUCAAGCCUGCAACUCAAAUGUUUUGUCCCGCUCCCGCCGGCACAGUUUCCGCGAGGCAAAGGGACAUUCAUUAUCUGACACAGUAUAUUCAGAAAUACAUUACUGUCUGCUGAAAUAACAGCAGUCAUGGUCAUUAAUUGAUUUAUAUUUAGCAUCUGUUUUAAUCAUGAACUGAUUUUUGUCAGAGUAAAGCUUUAGUGUUAAACUACUCGUUACUUAGACACAAGUAGAACAGCUUCUUUUAAGAGGCAUUGGGGCAGUCAUGGGCUGGAGGUUAGGGAACCGCCAGUUCGAUGUGCAGUGCUGACAGUACGUGACUGAGGUGUCUUCGAACCCCCAGCUGCUCCCCAGGCACUGCGGAUAGGGCAGCCCACCGCUCUGGGCAAGUGUGCUCACUGCCCCCUAGUGUGUAUGUGGUGUUUUACUGCUUGGAUGGGUUAAAUUUCCCUGUUAUGGGACUAAUAUGGGUCAAUAAUUAUUUUAAAAAAUGCACUGAAGCGUAAAACUAAUCAUGAUCAUAUAUUGUGUUCACACUUAAGAAUGUAGAGGGCCCAGGAAUCUUAAAUAGUCUGUGUUCAGUAUGAACUCCAUAGCUGAAGGAAACCUGAUAGUUUACUGGGGACUUUUAUACAAUUUACUCUUAUAUGUAUUAACUGUAUUAAAUCAAUUAGAAGUGCCUUCAUGUUUUUAUGUUCUAUUUCAUUCUGCUCUGUCUUGUUCUGUUCUACUGUUUUAUGUUAUAUUCUGUGUUGUUCUGUUUUAUUCUCUUAUAUUCUGUUCUACUCUAUUUAUUCAGUUCUAUUCUACAGUAUUUUAAGAUCUGAAAUAGACCUGCUGGAUCACGAAAGUCUCUCAUACUGUCAUUUUUGAAUGAAUUUACUUUAUUGCAAUAAAGCUGUUGAAUAAAGUUUUUCUUGUUUUUAUUAUCAUUUA